AUGGAGUUGAACUUUAACACUACGGUUUGGCACGUGGAUCACGACAAACAUCUCACCAAAACCGAGCUCUUGCGUCUGGCUCUAGACCGUACCAGGAAGAGGCUGCAAUGGCUCCAACAAGCCGCCAGACCCAAUAUUAACGUUGGAGCCCCCAUUCGCUACAGUGGCGAUGGCGCGUAUUUAGCAUAUCUCUCCAUCGGCACUCCCGGGGUAUCUGUCCCGGCCAUACUCGACACGGGCGGUGGCCUAACGUGGACCCAAUGCGCAUCCUGCCACAACUGCUCCGCACAGCCGACUCCCUUAUUCAAUCCCAGCAAAUCCACCUCGUACGUUGCAUUAAAAUGCCCCAACAAGAAAUGCAAACUGUACACUCCCAAUGUCUGCGAUAAACGUGCGUGUGGCACCGAGUGCGCGUUCAACCUGACGUACGGAGAUGGCAGCGGGACCGGAGGCAACCUGGCCACCGAGACCUUCUGGUUUGAGGCCGACACGGUCCCCGUCCCCGUCCCCGGAGUCCUAUUCGGCUGCGGAUUUCACACUCAGGGAAAUAUGCCAAAUGGAGGCGUGGGGAACUUGGGCCUGGGCCGAUGGAACGACAGCAUCGUCUCCCAACUCGACGAGCGCGUGUUCUCCUACUGUCUGCCCCUAUUCGGCUCAAAAAAAAAAACCGGUCGUCUCUUUAUGGGUUCCGGGGCCGCGGCGCCCCAUGGCGCACUCACCACGCAGCUUCUCAGGUACCCAGGCAGUUACUACGGGGGCUUUUAUUAUCUCCAACUACAGGGGAUCAGCAUCAAUGGGGUCCCCGUCACCAUCAACUCCUCCGCGUUCCAAGUGGGAAAGGAUGGGUCGGGGGGUCUUAUCAUCGACUCGGGAACAACCAUCACUAAUCUCGACAAUAGCACGUUCGAGGCCGUCGGGCAGGAACUCACAAGCCAAAUGGCCCAAAUCGGACUUCCAUGGACCAACAGCAGCUCCUCGGACUUGGAAUUCUGCUACAAACUCCCGAGAGGCAAAAUGGAGGCCGGAAUUCAGUUUCCAAAGAUCGUGUUUGAAUUCAAGGGGGCAGCCCUGGAGUUGCCAUGGCAAAAAUACUUCUUUGUUGUUGAAAAGGGGAUCGGGUGCUUGAUGAUGGCUGCUACUGAUAUGGACUUCUCCAUUCUUGGCAAUUUUCAGCAGCAGAACACAUUGGUGAUUUAUGAUCUUGGUAACGAGAAACUAUCUUUUGUGCCCAAUACAAAGUGUGGUAAUUAA